ACCAUCCCUGGCGUGUCAAUGGUUCCUACCCAAACAAACAAAGCUCAGAUGGAGAGUCCCCCUCGUCACAGUAACAGCUCUGUCUCCAGCCCGCGGACUGUCUGCAGUUUAUCUGGACUUGUUUUCAGAAAACCGAGCCCCCCCCGUUAACUCGGAACAAUGCCGGCCGGUUACCGUUUCUCUCUGUAACGUUACCCAACUGACGGCUCGCGUGUAACGCUCACCCCAGCCGUUGCGCAACAGUGGUGGUAACGCUCCUCUAAGCUAGCAGCAGCGGCGGCGAGGCAGAGAUGACAAGCGCUUUGGCUGUUACCGUGCUCACUUCAAAACAGGUUCGGUAGGCACGGAUGACAGCUCCGACUGGGCCCUUUUUGCUCGGAUAAAAUCAGAUGCUGUGAGAGAUUUGUUGAAUCCAGCUCGAGUCCGGCCCUGUAAAUUAAACCUCCCCCCCGCCCCUCCUGUUUGCUCUGCUGCUGCGGUCUCAUCCUGGACGUUUCCAAACCCAUUUACUAUGAGUGCAAUGCGUGUGGAUGCCAAAGUGGUGAUGCUGGGAAAGGAGAGCGUGGGGAAGACCAGUCUGGUGGAGAGAUACGUUCAUCAUCGCUUCUUGGUUGGCCCGUACCAGAACACUAUCGGUGCUGCUUUUGUUGCCAAACCAAUCCAGGUGGGAGAGAAAGUGAUUACCCUGGGAAUAUGGGACACAGCCGGAUCAGAGCGCUAUGAAGCUAUGAGCCGAAUCUACUACAGAGGAGCCCGGGCAGCCAUAGUCUGCUAUGAUCUGACUGACAGCAGCAGCUUCCAGCGAGCUCGGUUUUGGGUGAAGGAGCUGCAGAACUGCGAGGAACACUGUAAGAUCUACCUGUGUGCCACUAAGAACGACCUGGUUGAAGGAGAUCGGAGCCUGCGCCAAAUCGAUUACCACGAUGCUCAGGACUUUGCUGAGGAGAUUGGUGCGCAGCAUUUUGAGACCUCCAGUAAAACAGGAAAUAAUGUGGACGAGCUGUUCCAAAAAGUUGCUGAGGAUUACAACAGCACAGCCUUCCAGUAUAUGACAGAGGAAACGGGCGUCGACUUGGGCCAGAAGAAAGACUCAUAUUUCUACUCCUGUUGCCAUAACAACUGAUGCUGAGCAACAGGAAGGGAGCAGAAAUGGUCACUUUUCCUUGGGCUGGAGUAAAACCUGGAUAUGCUGGAUGGGUGCUGUGGAACUGGGAUCCAAGAAAAAGAAAUGAAGCAGGAAUGUUUAUACCUUGUUAGUUGUGUUUUUCUUUUGUGCCAUAAAGAACUGAAGGCUGCAAGACUUUACAGAAGAGGAUCUACUUCUGCUCAUACUGGGUGGAGAGGGAUUUAACAAUUUUCACCCAGUUUACGUCCCGUGUUUUAUCCUCAUCAGCUGGUCUCUUUUCCUCUGUUGCUUCCUCUGCUGCACCAUGGGAGUGAACGUAUUCCCAAACCCGCAGCAAUGUUAAACAAUCGGAAGCUGUGAGGAUGUUAAAAACACGGACCGGCAGAGAAAACUUGAUUGAGGCUGUUUAUUGUUGUAGCAACUGCAGUGCUUCAGGAGGGUGAAUGGUUUGUUUACAGCAUUUUUUUGUUUACCUCCAACUCUAUUUAACCUUGUUGUGGAAACCCGUCUGCUGUUCCAUCAUCUUCCACGAAUAUCGACGAAUGGAGUGAAGCUAACUAGGAUGUACACACACACACUCCUAUGCUCCCAGUAACACAUAAUUCAAAUUAAUUCUUCUUAUACCUUUUACAAAUCUGGUAUAAGACAUGAAUGAGAUGAUAGCAAUGAUCUUCAUCCUAUAAAGGCCUUAUACCCGCAGUAGAAAUGGCAGGACUGUGUGUGGAAGUGUGUUUGUGUGUGUCCAAAAUCAACUGCUUGAGUGUUUACCAUGACAUAACCACAACUGCUGCCCUGCCAGUCGUGGAUGUAUUUACAGAGCUGGAUAUGGUGCCACUGCUCCCAGAGCCCAGAAACAAUAUUUUUAUUUCCAUGAUGUCAUCCUAGAAGUGAAGUCUAUGGAACCAGCAGGAGAAACACUAAUGUCCAGUGGGCCUCACAAUGUAGAAGUACAAGUGGAAGCUGGAUAAAUAAAUGGAGGCCAUCUUGGAGUUCAAUAUCCAGUUCUUAUAAUACAUCCACAGUGACGGGAUGUUCGAAAUGUUCUCUUUUGCUGCAUAAGCUAUUAUUUUGUCACAAGGAAAAUAAAAUAAGCUGGGUUUAAGGUGGCGGUUACUAAAAUGCUAUAUAUCAGCUGACUGAAAGAAAAUUUAACGACUCAUGUUUCUAUGUUUGAACUCGAAAUUUUCUAUUUUGUUAUUUAAAAUGUAAAGAACACUUCUGGAAAUGUGACUGUUAAAUUUUCUUUUAGUCUUCGGUGCAGGUACUGCAAAGACGAGCUCUGGUCAUAGAGCGAAGUUCCCCUUCAGUGUGUUGUGAAACUGCAGAUUUCACCCACACAGGAAAAAAAAAACAAGCAAACCUGAAUGUUGUAAUAUGGAACUGUCAUCUCAAUGAACAAUAUUUGCAUCUAUAUUUAACGUCAAGGCUCAAGUCACUAAUUUAUUGUCUUUUUAAGAAAUGGACACGCUCAUCAGUUCUCUCCCCCAUGUUGUUGCUGUGAAGUGUUGCGGUUUCAUGUGUUGAUAUUUCAAUGCAAAAUAUUUUUAUUGAGGACUGUUGACAGACCGGUGUAAAGUGCAAAUAUGUUCUGUAAAAUGAAAAGCUUGUUAAAAGAAUGUUUCAGAGCUCUGACAGACCUUACAUUUUAUAGUGCAUUUUUUUUGCCCUUGUGUAUAAUAUCUCAGCUUUUUAUGCAUUCGAGUGAAAAAACUGUCAAUAUAAUGGCAAUAUAUACAAAAAUGUAAUGUAAAUAAUCAAAUCUUUGCAUUAUUGCAUCUUCAGAAAUGAAUUUGUGGCAUACUGACAACCCCUUUUUGCAUUCAGUUUGGUGUUAUUUUUCUUAUUUCACUUGCAGUGAAAGUGUCCCCCCAUCCUGACAGAAAACAAAAGCUUGUGCCUCAAGAAGGGACUUCACCAAAAGCCAAAUAAAA